GAUAGCUUUCGGUCUGUCGUUAGUCAUUACCGGUACCGGUUCAUAGAGUGACCUUGUACUUGGAGCGACUCAAAGCGGCUCAUCACUAUAUAAGUUAGAUUUCGACAUCUCGACGACACUGUGGCCCUCAAGAUGUUCACAACUUGGGUAUUUGCUAUUGCUCUCGGAACAGCGGUGACCGCUGAUCUUGGCUAUGAGUACAAAGCUCCAACAACAUCCUUUGGUACUUACCAAUAUGGAGGUAACAGAUACAGCACCGGCUAUGGCAGUAGUUUGAACCCUGGCUACGGUUCCUAUAAAGUAUUUAGCCAAGUACCUGCAGUAACACCAGCAACUGGAUCAAGUGGAUCGUACUUCAACAAUCGUGGAACUAAGACUGUGUCUAGCUACAACACAUUUGGAUCAGGAUUUCCUACUGGUUCUAGCUCAUUUGGAACAGGCAAUAAAUACGCGUUUGGUACAGGAUCUAAUCGCUACAAUACUGGUUACUACACUGGCCAAAAUACUGGUUACAACUCUGGCGCAGCUAGCAGUGCUACUGGAUCAAACUACGGGUCCAGCUCUGGAUCAAAUUACAAUACAUUUGCGACUCAGGGAACGACCGGUUCCAACUACAACACGGGUUCCAAUUCCAAUUAUAACACUGCUGGUAGUUCAGCUGGGUCUAACUACAAUGUAGCCUCACAAGGUGUUGGCUCAAACUACAAUGUAGCCUCAACAGGUAUUGGCUCAAACUACAACGGAUUUGGAUCCGGUGUGGGUACUGCGAGCCAGAGCUCUUCUGGACACCAGCUGACUGAGUACGAAACCACUUUCCAAAACACAUAUGACACAAGUGGUUUGGACAAAAUAGGUAGCUAUUACGAGACCAUCAGUGCUGCCAAUCAUUUCCAGUCCUCAGGACAGUCGUCAGGUACACAGCAAGAGUAUUAUGUCCAACAAUCACAGCAGCCAGCCCAAGUUUUUAAGCACUUUUACUAUUUAGCUGCUCCCGAAGAACCUGAGCCAGUCAAACAACGCCAACCAAUAGUCUUGCCUCCACCACAGAAACACUACAAGGUUAUUUUCAUAAAGGCACCAACUCAACCCGCUCCAGCUCCUCAGAUCAUUCCAGUGUCACCACAAAAUGAAGAGAAGACUAUUGUCUACGUUCUUGUCAAGAAACCAGAGGAUGUAAAGAAUGUUGUUCUUCCUAAAUUCGAAACAAAGGCGCCAACAAAGCCUGAAGUAUUCUUUAUUAAAUACAACGAUAAACUCGAUUCUCAAUCGUUAAUUAACAACAUCGUGAGUGACUACAACAAGGGAGGUAUCCAAGCAUCUUUUUCUGAUUUAAACCUUGGAAAUGAUAAGGGAUCUCCUUAUAUUGCUUCUUCUUCUAGCUCUUCUGGUAUAGACUCGCAGAAUGCAGGAGCUAUUAAUACAGUUGUAGGAGCUUCACCCAGUUCUUCUUUUACCAGCAUCGGUAAUGAUGGCUCUGCUGGAAGUAUCAUUGAUGAUAGCUCAAGCACAUUUCUUACGUCAACGUCAAACGGAGGCGCCGGACCAAUUUCUGCAAACCCAUUAAGCACAAACACUGGCAGUACUGUAUUUUCGUCUAGUUCUGUAAAUUCCUUUGAUAAAGACUCAAAUGUUAAUGAUGGAACUAGCAGUCUCUCUCAAACAUCUUCAGUAAAUGAAUACUCUUCUAGUUCAAACAGCAACUCGGACAAUACUCAAACAGUAUCAAGUUCUUCUAGUUCAAGCUCUGACAGUCAAAGUUCUCAACAGGGUGCCAUUGAUUCCAUUUUCAAUAACAGAUUUGGAUCGGAAUCUAACAGUAACGUUGCAUCCGUCAGUUCAGAAAGCGACGAGUCUAACGCUUCAGAUAACGCCGCUAUAGGUGAAGAAAAGGUUGAAAAUGGGGACAAAACUGAAUAUACCAUUGAAAAAGUUUCAGAUGAAGUAGCUACCGUAUCUACUGGACCAGCAGUAGGAUCCGUACAAUUUGAUGAAUUAAAUUCAGAUAAGACAAAUACGGCAUCAGGCUUCAACACUGUUACAAUUGCAUCAGUCAACAAGGAAUCAGCGGCUUCAACUUUUGAUAACAAACCAAGCACAAGUUUUGGAUUUGGCAGCAAACCAAGUGUAAGUUUCGGAACCAACUAUAACACUUUAAACACUGGCAACCAAAUAAAUAAUAAUGCUCAAACACUGAACUCUGCAACUGGUUACAACACUGAGUUCAACAAAGUUAGUGAAUCUGGAUCCUCGGGUUUAAGUACAGGGGGUUCGUCCUCAGGCAGCUCAUUCAGCACAAGUAAUUUAUCUGGAAAUUCCGGCUACAGUUCUGACUCCGUCAACAAGAACUUUGUUGAUGCAAACAAACAAACAGUUAGUUUUGGAACAAACUACAAUAGAUACGGCUAUCCUCAACCAUUAGGAAUUGGAAAUGGUUACAACACAUACAACAAAUACAGUCAGUAUGGAAGUUCAUACUCAGGCAAACCCACUGUUAGUUUCGGCACUAACUAUUCUAAGUUUGGCUCCGGAUUCAACCAAGUAUAUAAUAACGGCCUUACGUCGUCUGGUUCUUCUGGAUCAUCAUCUGGAAGCACUUUUGGUACUGGAUCUUCUAGCGGUACUACUGUCUCCACCGAUGGUAAUGGUUCCUCCGGAAACUCGGGGCUCGCGAAAUAUGGAUCAACAUCGACAAGAUACGAAGGAAGCUCCCUCUCCACAAGUCAAGGUGUUCCUUAUCAAACCUACGGACCACCUCAAUUUAAAGUAUUGUAGAUUGUAAUGAAAUAGUUUUGUGACGAAAACGAGAAAUGCUUGUAAUGUGUAAUAAAUGUAAGAAGUCCCGUU